UAUUUAAUUGUCCGCAACCUCUCUAAGUCUUCCUUCUCACUUAUCACAAUCUUCACCUGUCUUUUCAAAAUCAAACAUCAUGAACUUCAUAAACAUUUUUCUCAUAGCCUUCUUGCUCGCCACAGCCUCCCUCUCCUUUGCCACCCGACCCGACCCAUCUGGAUCCGCCAAAGCUCCGGCCAAGGCCAAAGAGAAAGCCCACAACAACACCAACAACAAAGGUAGUGCCGGAGGAAAUGGUGGGAACAGCAACAACAACAAAGGUGGUGAUGGCGGAGGAAAUGAUGGGAACAACAACAAAGGUGGUGGCGGUGGCAGCAGCGGAGGAAAUAGUGGUGGGAUGGGCGGAUUCCCCUUCGGUCCCGGAGGAGGGUUUAACAUUCCCGGGUUUGGAAACGUAGGCGGCGGGUACGGAUAUGGAUAUGGAGGUCCGAGUGGAGGGCACUCCAAGGGUGGGGUGAUUAGGCCCACCGUGGUCUGCAAAGAGAAGGGUCCGUGUAAAGGGAAGAAGCUGACGUGUCCGGCCAAGUGCUUCAGCUCUUACAGCCGAUCCGGGAAGAACUACGGUUCCGGCGGAGGUGGUGGUGGUUGCACCAUGGACUGCAAGAAGAAAUGCGUUGCUUACUGUUGAGAAGAAGAGCAGCAAGUAGAAGGUUCAACCUUCUCUCAUAUAUAUAAUAUUAUAUAUAUAUAUAUAUAGUAGUAUCAACUAUAUAUGCAUGUGAUGCUGUUGUAGUUUUGGUACUUGCUAUUUAGUAAGCGAUCUAAACUUAAUCAGUACUAUUAUAUGUAUAUUGGGCGUGAUUUUGGUGAAUGUUCUUCAUUUGGGUGUUUCUCUUCAGUUUUUUUCUUUAAUAUCAUAUAUAUCUAUAUAUAUAACUAUAAUUUUGAAUAAGAUGAGAGAAGAUUUUAUGAAAA